AUGGAGAAUCAUAAGAAAUGGGGUUUCAUUGCAAAUAAUGAGAUCGAUUCAGCAUCUGGUAUUACGCUGAGAGGGGUUCUAAAUUCUUUAAUGGAUUCUAGAAACCCUGAAGAUGAAAGACAAACAAUUACUCUUGCUCAUGGUGAUCCUUCUGCUUUUCCAUGUUUUAGAACAACUCAAAUAGCUGAAGAUGCUAUUGUUGAUUCACUUCGUUCAGCUAAGUUUAAUGGUUAUUCACCUACUGUUGGUAUUCUUCCUGCCAGAAGGUCUAUAGCAGACUAUCUAUCUCGUGAUCUUCCGUACAAGCUAUCACCUGACGACGUUUUUCUCACGAUUGGUUGCGAACAAGCAAUCGAGAUUGCAUUGAUGGUAUUCAAUCGACCUGGUGCUAACAUAUUGCUGCCUCGACCAGGUUAUCCAUAUUUUGAGGCCUAUGCUGGUUUUAGGCAGCUUGAAUAUCGACAUUUUGAUCUUUUAUCAGAGAAGGGUUGGGAGGUCGACCUUGAAGCUGUAGAAGCUCUUGCUGAUGAGAAUACCGUUGGAAUGGUUAUAAUCAACCCAGGAAACCCUUGUGGAAAUGUCUACACGUAUGAGCAUUUGAAGAAGGUUACCGAGACUGCAAAGAAACUCGGAAUUAUUGUAAUCGCGGACGAAGUGUAUGGCCAUCUUUCAUUUGCGAGUAAUCCAUUUGUGCCAAUGGGAAUUUUUGGGUCAAUAGCUCCUGUCCUUACACUUGGGUCUUUAUCAAAGAGAUGGGCAGUACCUGGUUGGCGACUUGGUUGGCUUGUUGCCAAUGAUCCCAACGGCGUUCUUAAAGAGAUAAAGGUUGUUGACUCCAUUAUAAGCUGCCUCAAUAUCUCUGGGGACCCUGUAACUUUUAUCCAGGCGGCCAUUCCUCUAAUUAUUGAAAAAACAACAGACGAUUUUUUUAACAAUGUUAUUACUAUCAUGAGGAAAUGUUCUGGGAUAUUAUAUGAUCGAAUUAAGGACAUUGACUGCCUUACUUGUCCCCACAAACCAGAAGGAUCCAUGUUUGCGAUGGUAAAGUUCAAUUCAACUCUUAUGGAAGACAUAAACGAUGAUACAGAUUUCUGUUUCAAAUUAGCUAAAGAGGAAUCCCUCAUUAUUCUGCCAGGAACUGCCUUUGGACUGAAAAAUUGGCUGCGUAUAAUGUUUGCUGUUGAACCAACUUCUCUGCAAGAUGGUCUUCUGAGGUUAAAAGCUUUCUGCCAGCGACAUGCCAAGAAAUAAAUAUAGCUACAACUACCCAGUAAUAGGAAUGAUAUGUAGUUGGUGCAGAUUGCUGUCCUAUGCAUUCUGUUAGUUAAGUUGUUGUAAGUGUCAAAUAAAACCAAAUAAAAUAAAAUAUGUUUUUAUUACAUUGAGAUUGAGCGUGCAUCAA